ACCUUCCUUGGUUGUGCACGUGACUGAGCUGUCUACUUUUGGCCCUAAACUAGAUCGGAUUGUUUACUUUCCCUUUAGCGUUGCCUAUCCGAUAACAACCAAAUUCACAAGUUUUUGUUGUGGUGAGGCCGCAAAUCUGAAUGUCAGUGUAAAUAAAAAACGUUUUUACAUAAACAGCAUUUUCCAAUCAUUCAAUACAAUAAUAUCUUUCACAUAGCAAGAACCCCGUGGCAUUCAUUUCAUAGAGAGGAACCUCAUUCUGGAGGAUAAAUUAUUGAAAAUGUCGCAAGACACAGGUCUUUUCUCCGUGCGCCGACCAAGAGAGGUAAGGAUCCUUAUACCCCCUCAUUCAAAUGUUUAAUUUUGAAGUUGCUCAUUCAAUAUAGACACUGGGAAGUAUCAAUUAUAAUUCGAGUUUACCACAACCAGCUUCCGCCAUGAAGCGAUCGAAUUCAAUCGGUGGUUAUAAUAACGCACCUUUUACCGCCAGCCAUGUUCGCAGUGGAGCCAGACAAUCUCUCGCACCUUCGCGGCCAAAUCAACCUUUAUUCUCACGAUCUUCCUCGGGCACAAAUUUGGCUGAUAUUGGAACUUCGUCGGUCAAAAGGACUUCAUUCCAGAAUAGUAGUGGCCGAAAAAGUUAUGCACCACCUCAAAUGGGCCGCGCAUCUGCGGAAGGAGCAGAACGUCGAAGCAGUGUUUAUCGAUCCCGGAGUUCAACAAGUGGACCGAUGGGACAUCAGAGUUUCUUUCAAACUGGACCUCAACCAGCUGGAGUACCCAAAGACCCACGUCCAUUGAGAGAUCGAGCUUAUCAGGGAAAGAUUGGACAGGAAUUGUUGGAGUACAUGGCCAAUAACAAUUACGAUAUAGAAAUGAAUCAUAACGUAUCGGCCAAUACUUUGAAAUCGCCAACUCAAAAGGACUUUGUUUUUAUGUUUCAGUGGCUUUACCACAGAAUUGAUCCAAGUUACCGGUUCCAAAAGGCUAUCGAUCAGGAGGUGCCUCCAAUCAUGGCUCAGCUACGUUAUCCAUACCAGAAAAGCAUAACGAAAUCUGCAUUAUCCGCCGUUGGAGGCGCAAAUUCGUGGCCACUAUUUCUUGGAUUAUUACAUUGGAUGAUGCAACUGGCUCAGAUGUUGGAUGGAUACGCCACUGACCGAUAUGAUGAGGCAUGCGCAGAAGCUGGGGUCGAUGUGAGUGGAGAUCGCAUCAUUUUCAACUUCCUCAGUAGUGCGUAUCGAGAUUGGCUUUCCAUGGAUGAAGACGCUGGAGACGAUGAUCAGGACCAAGUUCUUGCACCACAUAUUCAGGCUAUGGCACAGGAAUUCAACAGAGGGAAUGCAAAAUAUCUCGAUGAAAUGCGUGUUCUUGAAGGAGAGCACGAACGACUACAAAAGGAGAUAGAGAUACUCGAAAAGACUGGCUCGGAUAUUGCUACUUUGGACAGAAACUUCAAGAUCAUGGAAGAUGACAAAGUGAAAUUCGGAGAGUUCGACAAUCUCAUGCAUCAAAAGUCUGAGAAAUAUGAGUCUCGUAUACAAUUCUUACAAGAGGAGCUCGACAAAGUCUUGCAAGAACUCAAAGAAGCAUCCGAUGAGCGAUCAAGGUUACAAGAGGAAAUAGAUAGCAGAGGAAUGAGUAUGCAAGACAUCGAUCGCCUGAAUUCUGAAAUGGAACGACUUCAAAAGGGACAUGAAGCUUCUCAACAAAGAUUAGAGGAAGCGAGGAGAAAAGUUGCCGAAAAGGAGUUGGAAGCGAGUCGCAAAUUGGAAGAGUUGGAGCGCGUCGUGGAAAAAUACAACAGUCUGGGAUACCAAAUAGGGCUCAUUCCAUCCACGGCCGUCAACGCCAAAGGGAAGAACUACGAGCUUCAGGUUGUUGUCAAUGAAGGACCUAAUUUCUCGGCAUCGCAGAUGGCAAGUUCUCAUUCUGGCGGGAGAGAUGGCGAUAGACUUCUUGCCGAUCCUACAACGGGUUAUCAACCAGCUCAUAUAUUAAACCUGGAUCUUCGAGGUCAUGUGAAGAACAGUUUCACUAGCCUCCGAAAAGAGAUAUCAGAACGAAGAACCCUUGCGGUUGAAGAGAUGGAGAAGCACAACGAUUUGCUCGACAAUAUCAAAGAAGCUAUUGACGAUAAGAGGAGUGAGGUUGAGGCUUUGGAACACCGCGUCAGAGCUGCAGAAGAAGAGUAUGAAAAGACCAAAGAGGUAAGAACACCAGUCUUCACCGAGAAUUGACGGGAGCUAAUGCACAAAUAGGUCACCACGACCCAAAAACUGGCAUCUGAUGCACAAAUUGAGAAGAUGGAGAAAGAGCUAGCUAAAAUGCGAGCUGGUCUUACGGAAUCUGUGCAACUCAUGGAGCAACGAGAAAUGAAUACAAACAUUGAGUCAGUAAUCCCGAGAUAGUUUUAAACAGCACCACACUGACAUAGUCUAGGUACGAACAAUUAACUCUCCGAGCCAACACUCUGCGUGAGGAACUGCAUACGGAAAUUGAAAAGAUGUUAAACGAUAUUAUCAAGUUUAAAGUCCAUAUCCAGAAGAAUCUCGAGGAUUAUGAAGGAUUCGUUGUGGAUGAGGUAGAGCAUGAGCUCGGGGGUGAUGAUGAAAUCCGAGACGAUACCCGAGAUAUUGAAAUGAGUGGAUGAAUUUGUUUUUUUAUAACCUUGUUCCUCGAUGAUUGUUUGUUGGAGUAAAUGUCAGGGUUCUUGUGUAUUCGGGUUCUACUCUGGCGGAUAUGGAAAGGGAUUGACAAGCAAGGAGUUUAUCCACGUUUUGGAUGAAUGGUCUGGCGUUGUGGGUUUACCUUAGUUGACUCUUUUUGGGAGUCCUUUGUCGGUAGAGCGAGGACACUGGUGCAGUUAUGAGAAAUGAUCCGGAUUCAAGAUUGCUUGAUAUUGAUUGGAAACUCAUAUUCAUACCAUCUAAGCUUAUUGCAUACAUACUAAUAUGUGUGAAUAUGAAUGCAGUGUAACUGCGUAGU